AUGCCACUAAAAGUUAUUGUCGUUGGUGCUGGUUUGGGAGGCUUAGGCGCAGCCAUCGCGUUGAACCAGGCCGGACAUGAUGUUCAAGUUAUUGAGCAAUCAGGAUUUCUCAAUGAGGUCGGUGCGGCUAUCCAUAUUGCCCCUAACGCGAGUCGCAUCCUGAGGGAAUGGGAAUGCGACUUCCAAAAGCUGCAAGCAUCCCAGUGCAAUCGACUUCAAGUGUGGAACUCAGCGGGUGAACUUCUUUGGACCCCUAUUGUGACCAAGGAACUCCAAACAAUACUGGAUAUCCAUGAUGACUGGCUCUUGACUCAUCGUGUUGAUCUACACAACGCCCUGCGGGAGACAGCUGCGAAGGAGUUUAACGGCAGACGGGUGAACAUCCUGUUGUCCUCUCGUGUGCAAUCAGUGGAUGCCGAGACGGGAGUCGUGACACUCGAUGAAGGAACGACGUUCACCGGUGAUUUACUCAUUGACGCCGAUGGAAUUCACUCCCGAACUGUCCGCAGCGUCACCGGAGAGGAGUCACGAAAGGAAAGCACUGGCCAAAACUGUUUCCGAUUCCUGAUUCCCAUAUCCAAGGUACAUGAUACUGAACUGGCUGCCUCUCUCUUGGAAAAGACUGGUUUGGAUGGUCUCCAUGCCUUCACAGCGAGCGACCGGCGACUUGUGUUCUACCCUUGCCGUCAGGGUCAGUUGUUAAAUGUUAUGGGUAUUCACCCCUCGGGAGGCGACACCUCGGCGAAGGAAUCCUCCUGGCUGGAUGCCAGUGACGUGGAACAUCUUUUCAAGACCUAUAAAGACUUUGGCCCCGAGAUCCGAGAAAUGUGUCGCCUCGCAAAGUUUGUUAAAGGCAGGCUUGCUCUUGUCGGAGACGCAGCACACCCCACCCUUCCUCAUCAAGGUCAGGGUGGUGCUCAGGCAUUCGAGGAUGGCGCGGCUCUUGGCGCGCUAUUCCCUUCGGACACAACAUCUGAGCAGGUAUCUGCACGCUUGGAGUUGUACAACGAGGUCCGAUAUGAGCGAGCAUUGACAGUCAUGAUGAUGUCGAAGGCCCCUGACGAGCGCCGCGCGGAGAUGGUCGACGAAUUGCGCAAAUAUGUGCCGAACGCCGAACUUCCGAAAGAUAUGUUUUCUUUCACUUGGCCCUCUAACCCGGCACAAGAUGCCCAGGGGCUACUAGCAGCUACCCAAGCAAAUGCUUAA